CCUUCUCUUUCCUCAAGCAGCUGCCUUUGCCAAAGCCCUGAAACUUUGAGAGAGAGAGAGAGAGAUCAUCCAUGGAAAUACCCUAUUUUCUUCAGUUUUACCUUAAUCAGAACUCAUUUUCUACCUCUUCAUCUCCGUUUUCCGGAUUUUCCGUCCUCAAAUCUUCGUAAUCGAUCGUUGUUUUUAGGUUUUCGCAGCUAUUCUGAGCUUCCUAAUUCACUUUUUUUUUUUUUCUGAAUCAUUUGUUCCAUGACGGACUAAAACCUUUGGAAUCGGUACAAAUCAUCUUUAUUUCUUGUCUGAAAAUUUGAGAUGCCCAUUUCGUCUUCGUCAUGCUUCAGCUGAUUACCGCAGUCAAAGUCGUCUCUUGGUGUUUUGCGGCGCUCUCGAGCUUGGAUCACUGUUUCCACGGCUUCGUCUCUGAUCGUUCGGCGGAACUUCGAAACUUUCCUCUCACUGGGUUCUUCUCCGCCUUCUCUAAUCCUAACUUCUUCUUCGUCCGGAUUAUUUGAUUUCCCCAAGCUGGAAAUCUUCAGAAGCUUGGACGAUUUAGCUGUUUAUAGGCAGCUGUUUCUUAAGGAAAGGAUGUUAAUCAGAGUUAUGCAUUAGAUCGUUUGAAGAGUUUGCUUUAGGGUUUCCACGGCACAGGAGAUUUAGGGGUACUGUUGGGUCUUUACUCUUUAGGUAUAGGUGUCUUUAGGUGGUUUUACGGUCAUUGGUAGAAAUAGAUUGUUUAAAAAAAAACUGGCUUUUUCCAGAAAAGUCUGGGUCGCUCUAGAACUUGAUUUGAGAUAAAGACUAUCUUGACUAUGAACUGGCAUCGACGCCUGUUAUCUUUCAGUUGUUAGUUCUUUAUCUGAUGUAAAGAAGGGUUUAGAGCGAUUGAUGCUGUGAGGACCAUUUUCGUAUUGAAACAUGUGCGAGAAUGAUCAUCAUUUUGUGGAGUGGAAAGAGCAUUUUGUCUCACAGGAGCGAGGGAACCGGGUUGUUCAUUACUUCCUUAAGGAUUCUGCGGGUGAAUCCAUCCUAGCUGUGGUUGGUACUGAGAGAAGUGUCAGACACAUGUUCUACGUUGUUUCUGAGGAUUUCGUGCGUAUUUAUUGUUCCGAGAGUUCAAUCCAUGCUGGUUUUAAGUGGAGGUCGAGAAGGGAGGUUGUGGACUGGCUCACUUCAAUGCUGUCUAAGCAAAAUACACAAGGAAACUGGUCGAAGUCACCAAAAUGUGAAUCAGGGGAAUCUAAUGGAUCUCCUGAAUUUCCAAGCAAUGGAUUUGCUGCUCAGCGAGGUCAAGCAACUGAAGAGGUCCGGCCUCCCAUACACUUGAGGGUUCACAAUUGGGAGAUUAUGUGGUCAGGAACUUCCUGGAUGUGCAGUAAACAGCUCAAACAUUACCCAUCAUUUUGUAGGAAUGGGACAACAAUAGGGGUUCAAUCUUUUGUCUUUGUCAUGAGCAAAGGGGAGGACCGGUACGUUGCAUAUCUGGAAGAUAUGUAUGAGGACAAGCGUGGCCUAAAAAAGGUCAAAGUGAGGUGGUUUCACUACACAAAAGAAGUGAAGGGUGCGGUUGCUCUUAAAAACCCACACCCAAAAGAGGUUUUCAUCACCCCUCACUCACAGGUCAUCAGUGCAGAAUGUGUUGAUGCGCCUGCCACUGUCUUGACCCGUGAGCAUUACGAGGAGUGUGUGGCUUCUUUUCCUAAUUCUUUAUUGGAAAAGGUACACAUGUGCUAUCGGCAACUCAGGAACAACAAAGUUAAACCCUUUGACUUGAGUAAAUUGCGUGGUUAUUUGGACCAACCGAUAAUGUCUUGCUUGAGCUCUGUGGAGGCUGGUUCUGUAGACUGUGCGAUGAAUAAAGAGGAAGAUGAAGAAUGUAGUGAGGGUCAGAACGUAAUGGUUGGUGCUGAGAGGAGCAAGAAAAAACAAUCAAGAAUGAUGUCUGACCAUCUGUUAACAACUUAUGAAUCUUCAUGUAAGAGACUCAAACUUGAUGCCUCGGGAAAAAGAUUUUCUUCCCCAACCGAUGUUCACAAACAUCCUUGUUACAAUGGAGUGAUUACGGCUGAUGCAAAAAUAGAGUUUCUGUGUCAAGAUAGCGGUAUUAGAGGCUGCUGGUUUAGAUGCACUGUCCUGGAAGUAUCAAGGAAACAAGUAAAGCUCCAGUAUGAUGAUAUAGAGGAUGAGGAUGGAUAUGGAAACCUUGAGGAAUGGGUACCGGCUUUGAAAUCUGCAAUGCCUGAUAAGCUUGGUAUGAGGUCGUCCAACCGCCCAACAAUCCGGCCUGCUCGUCCUGAUGCUAAAACACCAGAUUUUGAUCCUACAGUUGGUGAAGCUGUUGAUGCCUGGUGGAAUGAUGGUUGGUGGGAAGGUGUUGUAAUUGCCACUGGCAAACCGGAUGCUGAGGACUUGCAAAUAUAUAUUCCUGGGGAAAACUUAUGCUUAACGGUGCACAGAAAGGAUAUUCGGAUUUCCAGAGACUGGGUGGGAGACAGCUGGGUUGAUAUCGAUCCUAAACCCGAUAUACUCUCUCUUGUAUCUCCUGAUAUUAGCCCGGAAGCCAAGCUUUCCAUGUCUCCCACUCUUGCAAAAGAUGCCAAGGCAAAUCCCAUUGCUAUGCCAGAUAUUGUUGAGGAGGCAAUACCUGAAGAUUCCGUUUUAGGAGAAAGGAACAAAGAGCAUAAAGAUGCUGGGGUUGUUAAGGAGGAUGAUGGAAGCAGAAUUUCGAAAGAAGAGGAUAAAGAGGUUGGAAGUGACCAAACGAAUACCUAUGUCAACCAUGAAAAUACCGUGCAGGACCACAAAGAAGAAGAUGAUGUUACCGUUAAUGAUGAGAAGGCCCGCAAUUCAGAACCAGUCUUCACUCUAUCAAAAACUACUACCACGCUGGUGCCAACGUAAAGAUGCUUCCUUGAGGUCAUAUAUAAUGAUGGUAAUUCUGGUAGGUGCCACAUCUCUGGAAACUUUGAUGUUUCUUUAUGUAUAUACAUUGACAUACUUUGCAGAAGAAGAAAAAAAAAUGAUUCUGGGUUUGACUUGGUUGGUGCUGAGGAGAGAGGAGUAGGUAAUGGUUGUAUAGAAAAUUGAAGAGGCAUGAUUUUGGUGGUUGCAUUUGUUUUAACCGAUCUAAGAAUAGGGUUAUUUUAGAUUUAAGCAAUGUUGUUAGGAAAAAAACAAAAGAUUAAUCCAUUUGUCUUUUUCCUA